GAACGGAGCGGAUGUCGGCGGCGCUGCUCGGUAAUAACCGCUCCGUGGGCUCCGUCAUCGGCUCCAGCGCGUCCGCCUCACUCAUUAUAUCGAGGGCUGAGUCUGUGGCAUGUCCACGCCGGAGCCCCCGUUAGGAGGCACGCCCUGCCCGGGGCCCUCGCCUGGUCCGGGCCCGUCUCCAGGGGCCAUGCUGGGGUCCGGACUGUCCCCUGGAUCCUCACACAGCAUGAUGGGCCCCAGUCCCGGACCAGCCACUUCCACAUCACUCUCCUUUCCUCCACAAGCACCUGCGGGAUACAGCCAGGAGAGUCUGCACCAGAUGCACAAGCCGGUGGAGGAGAACCUUUCAGAAGACGUUCGCUUCACUCAGAUGAAGGUGGUUCCGAUGAGGAUGACCCGUCCAGGGAGCCCGAUGGACCAGCACUCGCAAGGAUACCCGUCUCCGCUGGGCUCUUCAGAGCACGUGUCCAGUCCCGUGUCUGCCAGCGGGCCUCCAUCAGGUCCUCUCCUGUCCACCUCUGGCUCUAGCUCUGCCUCGCUGGACGGUGUGGACAGUCAGAGCCUCCCGCAGCAGAACCGUCCGGGAAGCCAAAGCACGGCCCCGGGACCAAGCGGCUCCUCCGCUCCGACGCCCUUCAACCAGAGCCAGCUGCACCAGCUGCGGGCGCAGAUCAUGGCGUAUAAGAUGCUGGCGCGCGGGCAGCCACUCCCAGAACACCUGCAGAUGGCGGUGCAGGGCAAGCGGCCCAUGCCAGGGAUGCCCCAGGGACCGUCUCUGACCAGCGGCGGAGCGGGCACCGGCUUCAGCCGAGGACAUGGGAUGGUGGGACCCAACAUGCCUCCUCCUGGACCUUCUGGAGUCCCGGCUGGUGUUCAGAGCCAGAACCACAACGGGCCCCCGAAACCGUGGCCUGAAGGUCCUCUGGUCAAUGCGGCGACCCCCUCGAACGCUCCUCAGAAGCUGAUGCCGCUGCAGCCCACCGGACGCCCCUCUCCUGCACCCCCGUCUGUGCCACCGGCCGCCUCUCCGGUAAUGCCACCGCAGACCCAGUCUCCAGCACACCUGGGCCACUCGUCUCAGCCUGCCACCAUGGUGCCGCUGCACCAGAAGCAGAACCGCAUCACGCCGGUUCAGAAGCCCUGCGGUCUGGACCCGGUGGAGAUCCUGCAGGAGAGAGAGUACAGGCUGGAAGCUCGUAUCACUCACCGCAUUCAGGAGCUGGAGAAUCUUCCAGGGUCUCUGGCUGGAGAUCUGCGCACCAAAGCCACGAUUGAGCUCAAAGCGCUCCGACUGCUCAACUUCCAGAGACAGCUGCGUCAGGAAGUGGUGGUUUGCAUGAGACGCGACACGGCCUUAGAAACCUCACUGGACUCAAAGGGCUACAAGCGCAACAAGAGACAGUCGUUACGUGAGGCACGAAUCACAGAGAAACUAGAGAAACAGCAGAAGAUCGAGCAGGAACGCAAACGCAGGCAGAAACACCAGGAAUAUCUCAACAGCAUCCUGCAGCACGCCAAAGACUUCAAAGAGUACCAUCGGUCCAUCACAGCGAAGAUCCAGAAACUGACCAAAGCUGUGGCCACAUACCACGCCAACACCGAGCGCGAGCAGAAGAAAGAGAACGAGCGCAUCGAGAAAGAGCGAAUGAGACGCUUGAUGGUACACACAUUGGGGUCACAAACGUCCACAGAAGAGAAGAAGAAGAUUCCCGACCCGGACAGUGAGGACGUGUCUGAAGUAGACGCCCGUCACAUUAUAGAGCAUGCUAAACAGGACGUGGAUGAUGAGUACGGCAGCGCAGCGUUUGCUCGUGGGCUACAGUCAUAUUAUGCCGUGGCUCAUGCGGUCACUGAGCGGGUGGACAAACAGUCGUCUUUGCUAAUCAACGGUCAACUCAAGCAAUACCAGGUCAAGGGUCUGGAGUGGCUGGUGUCUCUCUAUAACAACAAUCUGAACGGGAUCCUGGCGGAUGAGAUGGGUUUGGGCAAAACCAUCCAAACCAUCGCUCUCAUCACGUACCUGAUGGAGAACAAGCGUCUGAACGGACCCUACCUCAUCAUCGUGCCGCUCUCGACUCUGUCUAACUGGGUCUAUGAGUUUGAUAAGUGGGCGCCGUCUGUCGUCAAAGUCUCGUAUAAGGGAUCUCCUGCUGCUAGAAGAGCCUUCCUCCCACAGCUGCGCAGCGGCAAGUUCAACGUGCUGAUCACUACAUACGAAUACAUCAUCAAAGACAAGCAUGUGCUGGCCAAGAUUCGCUGGAAGUACAUGAUCGUGGACGAAGGCCAUCGCAUGAAGAACCAUCACUGUAAGCUGACGCAGGUGUUGAACACGCAUUACCUGGCUCCGCGGCGUGUGCUUCUGACCGGGACGCCGCUGCAGAACAAGCUGCCCGAGCUCUGGGCGCUGCUCAACUUCCUGCUGCCCACCAUCUUCAAGAGCUGCAGCACGUUUGAGCAGUGGUUCAACGCUCCCUUCGCCAUGACCGGAGAGAAGGUGGAUCUGAACGAGGAGGAGACCAUCCUGAUCAUCCGCCGCCUGCACAAGGUGCUCCGCCCCUUCCUGUUGCGCCGGCUGAAGAAGGAAGUGGAGGCGCAGCUGCCUGAGAAGGUGGAGUACGUGAUCAAGUGUGACAUGUCUGCGCUGCAGAGGGUCCUGUACCGACACAUGCAGGCCAAAGGAGUGCUGCUGACCGACGGCUCCGAGAAGGACAAGAAGGGUAAAGGCGGCACUAAGACUCUGAUGAACACCAUCAUGCAGCUGAGGAAGAUCUGUAAUCAUCCGUACAUGUUCCAGCAGAUCGAGGAGUCGUUUUCUGAGCAUCUGGGUUUCUCGGGCGGGAUCGUUCAGGGGCUUGAUUUAUUCCGCGCCUCGGGAAAGUUUGAGGUGCUGGAUCGUAUUUUGCCCAAAUUACGAGUGUCCAAUCACAAAGUGCUGCUCUUCUGCCAAAUGACCACUCUGAUGACCAUAAUGGAGGAUUAUUUCGCUUAUCGCAGCUUUAAAUACCUGCGUCUGGACGGCACGACUAAAGCGGAGGAUCGUGGGAUGCUGCUGAAGACCUUCAAUGAUCCGGCCUCUCAGUGCUUCAUAUUCCUGCUGAGCACCAGAGCGGGUGGACUGGGCCUCAAUCUGCAGAGCGCAGACACCGUCAUCAUAUUUGACAGCGACUGGAACCCUCAUCAGGACCUCCAGGCGCAGGAUCGAGCGCACCGCAUCGGACAGCAGAACGAGGUGAGGGUUCUGCGGCUCUGUACCGUCAACAGCGUCGAGGAGAAGAUCCUGGCGGCCGCUAAAUACAAGCUGAACGUGGACCAGAAGGUGAUCCAGGCCGGCAUGUUCGACCAGAAGUCGUCGAGCCACGAGCGCCGAGCGUUUCUGCAGGCCAUUCUGGAGCACGAGGAGCAGGACGAGGGGGAGGAAAUGCUCAAAAAGCAGGACAGGAACACUGGUCAAGAAGAGGACGAGGUGCCGGACGAUGAGACCGUAAAUCAGAUGAUCGCCAGGAGUGAAGACGAGUUUGACCAGUUCAUGCGCAUGGAUCUGGAUCGCCGCCGCGAGGAAGCACGCAAUCCGAAGCGAAAGCCUCGUCUCAUGGAGGAGGACGAGCUGCCCACCUGGAUCAUGAAAGACGACGCCGAGGUGGAAAGACUCACCUGUGAGGAAGAAGAGGAGAAGAUGUUCGGCCGCGGCUCCCGUCAGAGGAAGGAGGUGGAUUACAGGGAUUCGCUCACAGAGAAACAGUGGCUGAAGGCAAUCGAGGACGGGACCCUGGAUGAGAUCGAGGAGGAGGUGCGCCACAAGAAAACGUCUCGGAAGAGGAGGCGCGAUCGAGAUCCGGACGCCAUCCCGUCCACUUCAGGUGCUCGCGGGGGACGAGAGAGAGACGACGACGGCAAAAGACAGAAAAAACGAGGUCGCCCGCCGUCCGAGAAGCUUUCGCCGAACCCUCCGCCGCUCACCAAGAAGAUGAAGAAGAUUGUGGACGCUGUUAUUAAAUAUAAGGAGAAUAACGGCCGUCAGCUGAGCGAGGUGUUCAUCCAGCUGCCGUCACGCAAGGAGCUGCCCGAGUACUACGAGCUGAUCCGUAAACCUGUGGACUUCAGGAAGAUCAAGGAGCGCAUCCGGAGCCAUCGAUACCGCAGCCUCAAUGAUCUGGAGCGAGACGUGAUGCUGCUGUGCCAGAAUGCUCAGACCUUCAACCUGGAGGGAUCACUGAUCUAUGAGGACUCUAUCGUGCUGCAGUCGGUGUUCAGCAGCCUGCGUCAGAAGAUCGAGAGAGAGGAGGAGAGUGACGGAGAGGAGAGUGAGGAAGAUGAAGAGGACGAAGGCUCAGAUUCAGAGACUCGGUCUGUGAAGGUGAAGAUUAAACUGAGCCGUAAGGACAGAAGCGCAGAGCGCGGCAGAGGACGCAGGAGAACCGCGAGAACAAGAGCGAAACCUGUCGUUAGUGAUGACGACACAGAUGAGGAUCAGGAGGAGGACCGGUCCAACAGCGCCAGUGAGGAAGAGCAGGGAUGAAGAUCCACAGCAAACCAUUAAAGAUACAAACACACCACACAG